UAUGACAAAACUUGGUCCGGCCUUUUUAUAAGUAGGAAACCUUAGAUCACAUGACAGUCUCCUGACUUGACGAAGAGAACUGAAGAGUACCACCAACAAAUCAGGAUGACUGAAUUUUGGUUGAUUUCCGCUCCUGGCGAUAAAACCUGUCAGCAAACUUUUGACAAAUUGAACGAUGUACUUCACCAUCAAAACAAUUUGUCUGCAAAUUGGAAAUUCGCUGUUCCUGAUUUGAAAGUGGGCACUCUUGAUCAGUUGGUAGGUCUCUCUGAUGAUUUGGGUAAGCUUGAUAUCUAUGUUGAACAAGUAAGUAGGAAAAUUGCUCUCUAUCUGGGUGAAGUUUUGGAAGAUCAAAGAGAUAAGCUGGCCGAGAACUUACUUGCCAAUGGAGUUGAUUUGGUCACCUAUCUAACUAGAUUUCAAUGGGAUAUGGCCAAGUAUCCAAUCAAACAAUCCCUUCGCAACAUUGCUGAUAUAAUAAGCAAGCAAGUAGGACAGAUUGAAACAGAUCUGAAAUCCAAAUCAUCUGCAUACAAUAACUUGAAGGGCAACUUGCAAAGCUUGGAGAAAAAACAAGUUGGAAGUUUGGUUACUCGCAACCUUGGAGAAUUGGUAAAGAAGGAGCACUUUGUCCUGGAUUCUGAGUACCUAGUUACUCUAUUGGUCAUUAUCCCCAAGGCAACAAUCCAAGAUUGGUGGGACAAGUAUGAAAAACUUACUCCGAUGGUGGUUCCACGCUCAUCGCAGUUGGUCACCCAAGAUGGUGAAAAUGCUCUGGUUACCGUCACUCUUUUCCGCAAAGUUGUAGAUGAGUUUAAACACCAUGCUCGCGAACAUAAGUUUGUAGUUCGCGAUUUUACCUAUAACGAAGAAGAGUUGGCCGCUGGCAAGAACGAGAUUACCAAGCUGGCUACUGAUAAAAAGAAGCAAUUCGGCCCAUUGGUGAGGUGGUUGAAGGUGAAUUUUAGCGAGGGAUUCACGGCUUGGGUUCACGUGAAAGCUCUUAGAGUCUUCGUUGAAUCUGUACUCCGUUAUGGACUACCCGUAAACUUCCAAGCAAUGCUACUGCAACCUAACAAAAAAUCAACUAAACGUUUACGAGAAGUGCUUAGCCAGUUGUACAUACACCUGGAUAACUCUGCCCUUCAAAGCGCUCACGAUAACGUCGACAUUCCCGGUUUGGUUUUCGGUCAAUCGGAAUAUUAUCCGUAUGUUUACUACAAAAUAAACAUUGACAUGAUAGAUGUACCGGGAAAAAUUUAAACCAUCUGCUUAAGCCAAUUGUAAAGUGGAGGUUAUUUAGCGCUUUCUCUCUUUUCAGAUUUCUUUUUCAGAUGAAUUUAUGUCUUAGCUAACAUUCCUCUUUCACUCCUUUAAAAAUGGUGUUCUAUACUGAUAAAGGUGUUUCCAGUUGUGCAUGUGUAUAGUCAACCAGUAAUAAAUCCCGAAAAACGUU